AAUUCAGCAGGAGAUUUUUUUUAAUUCUUCCUGAGCUGAGAAGGAGAAAAAGACGCGAAGAUGAGUCUUACUGUCGAUGACAUGGCCGUGGUGAAGGCCUUCUGGGGCAAAAUCGGCGCCAAGGCUGAUGACAUUGGAGCUGAAGCUUUGGGCAGAAUGCUGAUCGUCUACCCCCAGACCAAGACUUACUUUGCCCACUGGGCUGACCUGAGCCCUGGAUCUGCCCCAGUGAAGAAGCAUGGAAAGACCAUCAUGGGAGCUGUUACUGCCGCAGUUGGCAGCAUUGAAGACCUUCCAUCAGCUCUGUCUCAGCUCAGCGAACUGCACGCUUACAAGCUGCGUGUGGACCCCGCCAACUUCAAGAUCCUGGCUCACAACAUCAUCGUGGUCAUGGGCAUGCUGUUCCCCAAUGACUUCACUCCUGAGGUUCAUGUGUCUGUAGACAAGUUCCUCCAGAACCUGGCCUGGUGUCUGGCUGAGAGAUACCGCUAAACAGCAAAUGUCAAGAAACAGUCAAUUGAGGCAGUUAUUCUUUGACACAGCCAAAAGUCUGAAUAAAGUCACCAAAUGAAUAAAGCA